AGCCUUAGACUCCCCAUGACAUCAAGCCCACUAAUUGCAUGGCACUUGUCAAAUCUGCCCGCCUACAGGACAGCAGUCAGCCCACUUCUCCGAGGAAUCGAGGUUGGACUGGCCCAUGGCUUCCUCCUGGUAGGACCAUUUGUCAAGGCUGGUCCACUGAGGAACACAGAGUAUGCAGGUGCAGCUGGAUCUUUGGCUGCAGGUGGUCUAGUUGUGAUACUAAGCAUUUGCUUGACCAUGUAUGGAGUCGCAUCCUUCACUGAAGGAGAGCCAUUCACUGCCCCGGGUCUAACCUUGACCGGAAGGAAGAAGGAGCCUGACCAGUUGCAAACUUCGGAUGGAUGGGCCAAGUUCAGUGGAGGAUUCUUUUUUGGUGGAAUUUCUGGUGUCAUCUGGGCAUAUUUCCUUCUCUAUGUCAUUAACCUUCCUUACUACGUUAAGUAGAGAAAAAUCGACCUUUUGCUCUGUUUGUUGUUA